AAAAACCACAUCAUUGAUAGUAGUAGUCACUACAACCACCACCACCACCUCUGACUCUCUGUCUGAACUUCACUGGAAGAUCAACAGACUUUGUUGUGUGUUUUUCUUUGCAAGUUGAAGAAGAUGCAGUUAAUGGCAAAGGAAGAGCUGUUGCAGAACAUGGAGCUUGGGUUGAUACCGGACCAAGAGAUUAGAGAAAGGAUUAGAAUUGAAUUAGAAAAACGUCUCCGAUGGGGUUACAAAGAAACCCAUGAAGAACAGCUUUCUCAGCUUCUUGACUUGGUUCACUCUUUGAAAGGUAUGAAAAUGGCAACUGAGAUGGAGAAUUUGGAUUUGAAACUCUACGAAGCGCCUAUGGAAUUCUUAAAGAUCCAACAUGGAAGCAACAUGAAACAAAGUGCUGGUUACUACACUGAUGAAUCAACAACGUUGGACGAAGCUGAGAUAGCGAUGCUGGAUUUGUAUAUGGAGAGGGCACAGAUCAAAGAUGGUCAGAGUGUACUUGAUUUAGGGUGUGGAUUGGGUGCUGUAGCUCUUUAUGGUGCAAACAAGUUUAAAAAAUGUCAAUUUACUGGAGUAACAAGUUCUGUGGAACAAAAAGAUUACAUUCAAGGAAAAUGCAAGGAGCUUAAGUUGACCAACGUCAAGGUUUUAUUAGCUGAUAUAACAACUUACGAAACUGAAGAAAGAUUUGAUCGGAUUUUCGCAGUUGAAUUGAUUGAGCAUAUGAAGAACUAUCAAUUGCUUCUUAAGAAAAUAUCAGAAUGGAUGAAAGAUGAUGGACUUCUUUUCGUGGAACAUGUUUGCCAUAAGACUCUAGCUUACCAUUAUGAGCCUGUUGAUGCAGAAGAUUGGUACACUAACUACGUAUUCCCUGCUGGAACCCUGACUCUAUCGUCUGCUUCAAUGCUUCUUUACUUUCAAGUAAGUUCAUUCACAAAAUUUAGGCUGAAAUAUAUUGUGCUUCUUGCACUCAACCAUAACUCUCGCAUGAUUCUUGAAACUGUAAUGGCAUGGCAGGAUGAUGUUGCUGUUGUGAAUCAAUGGACUCUGAGUGGAAAGCAUUAUUCUAGAUCCCAUGAAGAAUGGUUGAAAAACAUGGAUAAAAACAUCGUUGAAUUCAAAGAAAUAAUGAGGUCUAUAACUAAAACUGAGGAAGAAGCGAACAGAUUGCUCAAUUUUUGGAGGAUUUUUUGCAUGUGUGGAGCGGAGUUGUUUGGUUACAAGAAUGGUGAAGAAUGGAUGCUGACCCAUCUUCUCUUCAAGAAAAAAUGAGAAAAUUUGUUUUAUGCUUUCGUUUUGUGUGUGUUGUUUAACAUCAUAAUUAUGCCAUAUCAUCGUAAUAAAAACUGUUUAGAAUGAUUGGUUGCAACUUUUAUUUAAUGUUAAUAUAAAUAUUUCACCAUCAGGUGCUUUAUGGUUGUUCCA